GGUGCAGCCUGUUGAGCUACCUGAGCUUAUUCUAGUGUAAAUUUCAGUUAUGUUUCUCUCAUGUGAUCAUCUACAGAGCGAUCCAUCCCAGAAGUCCCGGCCGUGAGGCAGCAGCCACCCAAGACGGAGAGUACUUCACAUACACUCACUGAUCUACUCAGUUCAUACUGUGACUUGGCACAUGGAACCUGGUGCGAUCGCGAUGAACUAAUGAUUUUCUGGUAAAAGUCAAUUGACCUGCUUUGGACGGCUUUAUCCGUCCGGUUCGGGGAUGAUGAAGCGAGUGGCUUAUCGGGGAUAUGAUACGUCAUGAGGGCCAAGGCGGGCAUCGCUGGUUAUCCGCCAGACCGUUUUUGACCCCUCCAGAUCACCAUCAAGCUGCUCUCUAUCAUGAACAAUGUCGUUGAUAUCUGCCUUUCGCCCUCGUUCCACGCGGACAUUGUCUCUCCGGCAUAGACCCCAGAGGCAACGGAGGUCUCCGAAGCGCAAUAUCCAGAACGAUAGCGAAAUUGAUCAUAAUCAAGACAAUGGCGAUGAAGAUGGCGAUGCGCACUCCAUCAUUACCCCUUCUAAGCAUACACCCAAGGCGAUUCGAGUGCUACGGGGCUCCGUAUCGUCAGGUGGUUCCUUACGGCCAUUUCGUCUGAUAAAGCAGGAUAUCUUGAACUUGCGACGCCGAUAUAUCUCCGACUGGACAGUAUUCAAUCAGUUGGUCUUUGCCAGCGCCGUCUAUGUUUUCUUCACGAACCUUCUGCCGGGGAUCACUUUUGCUAGUGAUCUCUACGUUCUCACUGGUCAGAACUGGGGGACUAUUGAAGUCGUAUUUAGCACAGGCCUAUGCGGAGUUAUCUUUUCACUGCUCUCCAUACAGCCGCUGACGAUCCUCGGGGUUACUGGACCCUUCUCGGUGCUGGCUGAGAAUAUCUAUGCAUUGUGCGAGGAAGUCUUCCUGGUACCGUUUCUACCGUUCAUGGCCUGGUCCCUGAUCCAUGCUGCAUGGCUCCACUAUGUCCUCGCUAUAAUCAACGCCCACGAUUGGACGAUGCGCUACGUCACCACAUUUGCAACGGAGAUCUUUUCUCUCCUCAAUAGCAUUAUCUACUUUCACAAAGCCAUCCAAGAGCUUGAAAGAGCCCACGAAAGCCUCUCUUUUGCAGCAUUUCUUUACGCCGUCAUAGGCGCCGUGGGAACGAUGCUCCUCGCGAUAUUCCUAUCCACAGCAGAAAGCUGGCGCCCGUUAUUCCAUCGAUACAUUCGAAUGGGUCUAACAGAAUAUGCCGCCGCUAUUUCCAUCAUAAUCUUCAUCGGCCUUCCCCACGUCGGGGAACUAGCCCAUCUAGAUAAGAUGACUCUCCCCGUCAGCACCUCUUUCAAACCUACCUCUCCCACUCGUGACAGAUUUCUCGUCGAAUUCUGGCACCUACCUGUCGGCUGGGUCUUCGCCGCCAUCGUCCCGGGAAUCAUCAUCACUAUCCUUUUCUUUUUCGAUCACGAAGUCAGCUCAAUCAUAUGCACCAUCGAUCGCUACGGAACCAGAAAGCCGGGCGGUUUCGCUUGGGACAUUGUCCUCUUAGGAACUACAACAGCCCUAUGCGGCAUUCUCGGAAUACCACCUGCCAAUGGGCUCCUCCCUCAAGCUCCCCUUCACUCAGAGUCCCUCAUGCACACCGAAAGAGAACAGCGCACAAUCACAGUCGACGGAGAAGAAAAGACUGAAACAUACGAGGUGAAACGCGUAUACGAACAGCGCUGGUCCUCGUUUCUGCACUCAGCCGUCAUCCUCCUCUUCAUCAGUCCGCCGUUCAUGAAAGUCCUUGGAUUAACCCCAACAAGCGUCCUAGCAGGUUUAUUCAUGUUCAUGGGCGAGCAGAGUCUAUCCGUCAACCCAAUCCUCUACCGAACCUUCUACCUCCUCACCCCACCCUCCGAACUCCCUCCUCUCCCACCAUCUCUUGCGAAACAACCACCCACCUCCGAAGAGGAAGCCCCAACAGCCCCUUCCUACACCCCAAUCCACCUCUACACCAUCCUCCAAAUAAUCAUCACAGUAGCCAUCUUCAUCCUGACUCUCACUCGCGGUGCACCCGCAUUCCCCGUCCUCAUCGUCGCGCUAGUCCCCUUCCGCCUCUUGCUCAUGAAGCGCUGGUGGCCGCGCGAGGUGUUGCGGUUCGUAGACGCGUGGGCAUGUAGGGAGGGAACACCGGAGGAUGAUGAAGACGCUGAGGCGAAGAUGCGUAGCGAGCAAGUAGGAGGAGGAGGGGUUAUGACGUCGCAGGACAACUCUGGUUCUGAUACUGCCGUGACGGAGGACAUGAGGACCAACGAAGGGACCGAUUUAGGUCUCGCGGAUAGGAAUGGCACUGAUGUAACGGGGAAUGAGUGGGUCGAGCUGGGAGAUUGGGGACGUGUUGAUGAGGAGUCGGGAGGUCGGUUGCAUGACACGGGCAAGUAACCGCUACUGCGGAAAUAAAUUCAGGGAGGGGCAGAUAGGUUACGACAUUGACGUUACGACGGC